AUGUCAGCUUCCUCCAUUAAUCGAUCUUUGGCCACGGUCAAAACAGAGCUCGAGUUCCUACAGGAGUCCGAUGUGAUCUCACAAGAGGCGUUCCGCGACAUAAUGGCAGCCUUGCCAGAACGGUACAGUGCACCUGCACCAGCAGAAGUCCGGAGAGAAACACCUUCCGCGACGCACAACGAGUUUGUCGAGGCCGUCUACGCAUUCCAAGCACAGCAAGACGGCGAUUUGGACUUCCGUGCGGGCGACAAGAUAGAGGUGCUCGAAAAACCAUCUCCAGAGUGGUUUAGAGGCAAAUGCAACGGAAGAGUAGGGAUGUUCCCCUCUAACUACGUCAAACCGGCGUUUUCCGGAUCUGGUGGUCAAGAAACAGAACGUAUGAGCAUGCUGCCUCCUGCUCCACCUCAAUAUCAGUCCCAGCAACAACUCCAACUUCAGCCACAGCAGACAAAUACAAGUGCGCAAUCCAAUUACUCGCAACCACCCUUUCCGCCACCUUCCACCAAUUACUAUCAAAACCCGCCCCAGCAGCAGGCGUACUAUCAAUCGCCUCCUCCUCAACAACAGCAGCCAAUGCCCGUGCAGGAGCAGCAGCAGCAGCAGCAGCAUCAUAUGGGGGGGCAAGCCUUCAAGAAAUUCGGUAGCAAGCUAGGAAAUGCGGCUAUCUUUGGUGCCGGUGCUACCAUUGGUUCAGACAUUGUUAACGGCAUUUUUUAA